AUGGAAGGAGUCUGGCACCCAUCAUCGGGAUCUGCUGUCCAGGUGGCCGUUAAAGUGAUACAUCGCUCCAGCCUAAAUUUCUCCGACACUAACUCGGAUCAACUCAGCCUCAACUCGACCUCAUCACAUAGCCUAGAUGGUUUUCAUCGAAAUCAUGUCACCAGUGUUUCUACAAAGUCUCACUCUGUAUCAACACCCCUUGGUCGGUUUCUUAAAGAGAUUUCCAUUAGCCAGUCACUUUUGCACCCGGAUAUUGUUCGCUUCUACGGCGUCAGUUUAGAUCUCGACUCUGUAAAGUUGGUGAGUCCCCUUCACUAA